AUGAGGGCCGCGCAUAUCUUUAGAACCAGCCUAGAGCUUAUUCUGUCUUUAUCGCUGCAUCAUGAGCUGGCAUACGCGGGUGCCAUCCCCGAAGUCGUCUUCCAGCCCGGAUACAUGACAGAGGGGAGGAAAGGUGGUGUCGCGAGUGAGAGUAUCGAGUGCAGUCGGAUUGGAAGAGAUCUCCUGGCUCGGGGUGGAAAUGCUGUUGACGCUUUGGUUGGCACGACAUUUUGCGUUGGCGUCAUCGGCAUGUAUCAUUCGGGUAUCGGAGGUGGUGGCUUUGUCAUGGUCCGCGAUUCUAAGGGGAACUAUGAAGCUAUCGACUUCAGAGAGUCAGCGCCUGCUGCCGCAUGGGAAGGCAUGUACUCGGGUAACGUUGAGGGCAGCAUGUUCGGUGGCCUGUCCGUCGGCGUGCCGAGCGAGGUAGCAGGGCUGGAAUACACCCACCGCAAAUACGGGUCUCUCCCUUGGGAGAUGGUGAUGCAUGGCGCUAUACAUGUGGCUAGGGACGGGUUCAGGGUCUCCCCGGAUCAUAUAAAGUACGUCAACAUGACGAUAAAGGACAAGCGAAACUUCUUGGUUGAGGAUCCUGUCUGGGCCCAAGACUUUGCUCCAAACGGGACGCUGUUGGAAGUCGGCGAUAUCAUGACACGACGCCGCUACGCAGACACACUUGAAAAGAUUGCCAAAUAUGGCUCCGAAGCAUUCUACACUGGGGAAAUUGCUGAGUCAAUGAUCAAGACCAUCCAAGACGCCAACGGCACCAUGACACUAGAUGAUUUGAAAAGCUACAAGGUCAUCUCGAGGCCUGUAGCCAACACGUCGUACCGGGGAGUACAACUCCACGGAAUGACAGCACCUGCUAGCGGCUCUGUGUGUUUCAACAUCCUCAAGAUCAUGGAGCAGUUCCCCCUCGAGGACCGCAAGGAUGUCAACCUCACCAUGCAUCGCUACGAUGAAGCCAUGCGCUUCGCAUACGCGGCACGCCUUGAGAUAGGCGACCCAGAUUUCGUGCCGCACAUGGCAGAUCUCGAGGCAGAUAUGCUCAGCGAGGUCAACGCGAAGAAGAUUCGCGAUCGCAUCAGGGACAAUCAGACCCUCCCCGUUGAAGAGUACAAUCCCAAGAAGAUCUUCGCCCCCGAGGGCCAUGGCACGUCACACAUUUCCACGGCCGACGCCUCGGGCAUGGCCACGGCGCUCACCACGACUGUCAACCUCCUAUUCGGCGCGCAGAUCAUGGACCCUGUUUCGGGGAUCAUUCUAAAUGACGAGAUGAACGACUUCUCCAUCCCAGGAGUCCGCAAUGGGUUUGGCUUCGCCCCAUCCCCAGCCAACUUCAUCCGACCUCACAAGCGACCGCUCUCGUCUAUCACGCCAGUCAUCGCCGCGAGGCCGGACGGCUCGCUGCUCGCCACGGUCGGUGCCGCCGGAGGAUCGCGUAUCAUCUCCUCCACGGCCCAGGUCCUGUGGCACACGCUCGAGCACAACAUGUCGCUGGCCGACGCCCUGCGCUACCCACGUCUGCACGAUCAACUCAUCCCCAACCUCGUCCUCGUCGAGAACGAAAUGGACCGGCCCAUCGUUGACGCGCUCGAGGCAAAGGGCCAUAAGAUCAAGUGGACUGCCCCGAUCAUCAGUGCCGUACAAGCAGUCUGGAGGUUUGCAGAUGGUGUGUUUGAUGCGGUCGGCGAGCCGAGGCAGCUGAACAGCGCAGGCUUGACACUUUGA